CGUGGGUCGUCCGCCUGGCGGGUCCGUCUCUAGGGGUCCUCUCUCGUCCAACGCCGUGCCUGCUUCACUUCUCUCUCAUCCAAAGCUGUGCCUGCUGUCCCUUCAUUACCAUCUAACUGCAGUCACGCACGGGAUCCCCACCCGCAAAGAGCGCCGAGACGCGUCCGAAGUGGUCGAAGGCAACCCAGUCGGCCAUGAAGUUUUUCUCCCGGUCGAUCGCCCUCCUCCUCGGGGUCGUCGGUGGGAUCGACGAAGGGAGAUUCCAGAAGCAUCGAGUGAAGCAGAGGAUCAAAAUCCCCCUGCAGUCCGUGACGGGGACGCCUCACGUCCUUCCGCGGAUGUGGUGUGCCAUGAAAUGCGUCAAGGUCGACACAUGUGUGGAGUUUUCAGUGGAGCCGACCGGAAACGCUGGAGAAUUCGAAUGCCGAAUGGGAGACAUGAGGUCCUUGAAGGAAGCCGCUCCCGACUCCGACUUCUUCGCGAUCUAUCCAGACGGGAGCAGCUUCUUUUUUUCGGACACGGACUGGAGCAACGCGGACUGCACCAACUACGAAGCGCGUUGCAGCGCCGGCGGCGGUCGCGUCUUCUCCCCGAAUCCCGCAUCGCGACUGUAUCUCUUCGAGUCGCUCAUGAAGAAGAUCAAGUACCCGGCUCUGUACGGCUCGUGCCCGGCUUCCACUGGGGAGUGCCACGUCUUCAUCGGGAUGAAAUACGCCGGGAUCCCGGACACCUAUCGAUUCCCUGAUGGGAGCACGGCAGACGUGGCCGAGUUGGCCACUUGGGGCCGCAACGGCUUGGCGAACGCCAACAACGACCCCAACCACGUCCAGUACUACCACCACAACGGGGAUUACGUCUCGGAAUUCUGGUUAAUGUGGUGUCUGCGUCCCUCCGCGGUCCUCUGCGAAUUUCCCUAUCCCUAGGACUGAGAGCUUCUGAUGUUUUUUUUUUCUUUAUUUGCUUAAGCACACUUCAACUCUCAUCAAGUGAAAUUUUGACGUUUAAAUAAAUACCAGAACUCAGACACAGUUUAUUUAAAG